GCGUUUCUGCCGUCGUGAGUUCACCGGGGCAAUAAAGCUGUCGAGGGACAAGGGACGUUCUCGCAUCGCCUUAGCAUUGAGUCCUCCAUUUGAGUGAGGCUGAAAUAAAAAAAACUCGUUUCGCUUGCCAUCAUGGUUUCUGCUCGGAAAAAGGCAUAUUUUCUUCCAACGGGAUUCAUCAGCAUUGGCACGAUCGUCAUGCUCGGCAUUUCGCUGGGCUCCACAAGUUGGGUUUCCGUCAAAGUGACGUACCAUCCGAACAAUACCGCCAAUGCCACCGCGUUCUAUGCCACCAGCUACUACGGAAUGUUCUCUGGAAAUACACUCGUCAACAGAGGAUUGAGUUCGGUGGAAACGGGUUUUCAAGUCAUCGAUCAACUGUUCAAGACGGACGGAGAAAAGGGCACGAGCCAGGUAGCCUACGCCUUCGAGAUGUUGUUCCUCGUCGUGGGAGUGCUCUUCGCGGUGAUCAAGUGUCUCUUCGCGUUCAUCAACGGCCUCACCAACCCAUACCACAACAUCCAGGGCCCCCGGGGGCUCUACAUCUGGAUCUCUGUGUGCGGUGUCUGCUGCCUGCUAGCGCUCAUCAUAUUCCCCGUGGCGGCACAGACGUCUGGCAUGACGGAGGUAUUCCUGGAUUUGAUCCCGGAGGAAAGCAUCAGCGGCUACACCUACGGGACGCCGUACUGGCUACUGCUGGGCGCUCUGCUCAGCUGCGCCGUGUCCAUGGCCAUCACGUACGCCUACCACAACGUGCAUCUGGAGGAGAGGCAGGCCGCCACCAAAGCCACAAGUCCCGCCACCAACACCGAAGUCCUCAUGUACUGAGAGCCCCUCGGCCUGCUUUAAAACACUCAGGACGCGCGGUAUUGCAAUACAGCACGAGGUUCGCUCGGUCGUUUGAAGCUGCACUUUUUUCGUACGCCCUCAAGUGGCUCAACAAAGUGUGUUUAAUUUUCGAUUUAAAGCUUUCGUGACUAUCUUCUUGGUUCUUUCGGUAAAGUCACGUAGAAGGGAAAUAAUAAAAUAAUAAAAAUAAAACAUUGUAAAAUACAAUUCUCACGACGUUUCGGCCACAACGCAAGCAGCCGUCCUCAGGUGAAGAACAGAGCUGUCGGAAAGACAGCGUCUGAAUGAACACCACCACCAAGCUUGGCAGCGUAUAUUUAAGCUGGGUUAGAGGACAGCCCUGUUCUUCACCUGAGGACGGCUGCUUGCGUUGGGGCCGAAACGUCGUGAGAAUUUUAUAAUGUUUUAUUUUUUAUUAUUUUAUUAUUUCCCUUCUACGUGACUUUACCGAAAGAACCAAGAAGAUGAAAGUGUGUUUAGUUGAGUGAGCUGCGUAGGAAGGCUGACUGGAUUGAAUGGCGUGAUUAGCUCUCCGAUGCGGGGGUGGGCGGUUGUAAUCGGGUCUUGUUUGUUCGAUAUGAUGACCGAUGUUUAGCUUCACGGUGCUGUAUCUUUGGGAGCUUGAGUCCUAACUUGUGACCGGUAAACACAUCGCCAAUGGCUCCUUUGCCAUGAAUGUAAUAAAUUGUCAAGGUCGUUUUUCAACAGUUUUGAAUCUGGCUGAGGUGACCGGGUCCGCUGUUGAUACAAGCCUCGUGGUUAAACUUGUGCCGCGUGUUGGUCUCAGCCCGGUCACCAAUGACUGCAUGAUAACAAAAACCCAACACCAAAAUAUUUUUUGAUUUAAAGCUUUCGUGACUGCAGGGAUUCAUAUUCUUGGUUCUUUCGGUAAAGUCACGUAGAAGGGAAAUUAUAAAAAAAAUAUCAAACAAUAAAAACUCUCACGUUUCGACUGCAACACAAGCAAUCAUCAUCAGGUGUGAAAUCCCACGUUCGGAAAAAACCGCCACUUUUUUCUAAAUUUCUUGCGGUGGCUUUUACACCUGAUGAUGAUUGCUUGUGUUGCAGUCGAAACGUGGUGAUAAUUUUUAUUGUUUUAUGUUUUUAUUAUGUUAUUUCCCUUCUACGCGACUUUUCCGAAAGAACCAAGAAUACCAAAAUAUUUUAUUCUGAAAUUAAUUUAGGCAAAUUCCAUUUGUAGGGAAUAUAGAUAUCAGUUUGACUGUUAAGUGAUUGACAUUAGCUAUGUGGCAGGGCAGUUGAUGUGCUUCCCCCCUAUUGUGUAAACCAGAGGUCACGAAAAGGAAUCGGAGGUAGCUCUGUCGUAUCCACUUCCAACGGAAAUUCUCUAACAAGUGCACAAUUUGCCUCGCGGUGUGAUGAGAGCACAAUGGGGAUACAAUUUUGGAAAAGGACAACUCGGCUUAGAAGCAAGUGACUCUGGUCCAGUCUGUUUAGGAUUAUAUGCAGGAUGUAUUCUGCAUAUUGUAAUUUAUAUGAAGUCUUGACUUGUAAUGUCAAAUUGUUUGGGAAUAUAUUCAGUCAAUUCAACAUAACUUUGUAUCCACCGAAAUAAAAUACAUCGUCAUGUUUUUAACAUUUACAAUUUAGGCAAUGUUAACUUGUUUAUUGUAAGAUUUAAUAACAUGCAUGAUUGUCAAUAUUGUAAACAUAUCUAAAUAAUUUUCGACCUUGUUUCCAAUUGUAAGUUUUCAGUAAGGAGAAAUAUAUAAAUGUAACUGGCAACGCCGGUCAAAACAUGUCCAUUUCAAGACUACUUUUCAAUCCCAACCGCAUUUCCCAGAAAAAUGUUGCAUAACCAAUGUUUUGGCAGUGUAUUAAAAAAAUCUCAAUAUGAAAAUCGUACUAUUUUAGGCUGCUAAUGUAUGGCCUAUAACAAUCUGAAAUAUUUAUGGACAACCAGAGGGAUCGGUUGUGACUCAAAUGACCCUUUAUCAUGGACUGGUCAAACACAAUCCAUCCGUUUAUGCAAUAAAAUGGGAAUCCCUUUGAGAUUUCCCCACAAACCCUUCAACGGCACACCUACCCAAUGUCAAUUAUAGUGGACAAGCUCAGAGCAAAGCCAAGUGAUCAGAUUAUCCAUCGCAUUCUUUGCAGUUGUGAACAUUCACAAAAUACCACAUUCGUAAUAUAUUCUUUCAAAUUACUAAUUCAAUAAAACGUGGCUCAGCAACGAA